GCUCCGGGCCGGAUUCAACGACCUCAUCGGCCCUUGCCAUUUCCAGGACAAGAAUCGUUUGUACUCUUCCACAACACAACAAAACGUAUGGUAAACCUCUACUGGUGCGUUCACGGCAAUAGAACAUUUCAUCUGAGCUUAGCACCUGGCGCUAAUAGUAAAACCAACACAUUUACUAAACAUUUCUGGAUAUUUUGUGAUAAAGACACUAAUGAAUUGUUGUGUGUGAGUCAUCGGAAAGUAUUUUGGCCACAGUCAUAUCAAAUGCCUGACCCACAUAAUCCUACGCGUAUGAUACCAUGUCGAAAAGAGAUUAAAAUACACUUUCCAUUACGUUCGCUGCGUGAGAAUUGCCUCUGGCGCGUUGUAACAACACUACAUUCAGUACCUCCUAGAGUGGCGAUGCGCAUCAUUGACGAACGUAUGUUCAUACCCAAUGUUUUGAAAAACGAACUGAAGAAGCGUUUAAGACGCAAAGUGCAACCCGAAAUGAUUACAGCGGAAAUAGUUAAAAGUGUAAUUGAACAACAUAAUCAGCAAAGUAAUUAAAAAACGUAAAAUGUAGAUGUUUAGCGAUUAGCAGAAAAAUUUGUAACGUUUUAUAUUUAAUUUAAGUACUUGUAAAUUUUUUUUUAAUUUGUCAAAUUAAAAUAUAAGUACACUAUGAGGAAUAAAGAGUGUAAAAAACAAACUUACUUUUCAUAUAAUGCUGCUUCAAAAUGCUGGAAAGGUCUUUCGUUAAAAUUUCCGUAUCGUUUGCAAAAUUUGCUAAUAAAAAUUAAAAUGUUAAUACUUUCAGGAGGAAUCGUUACCAGGAACGCUGUUAAAAUAUUUCAAAAUCCGGUAAAAUUCCAUUGAUUCCCAAUACGUGUCCAGUAUAUUCAAAUUCAUCUACAAAUAAAUAGGUCCAUGCGUGCAUUCAUAUAAUAAACACC